AGCUUUUCCGCCACUAUACGAUAGUCUCGUGACUCUGACUGCGAGCUUGUGUGCAGAUGAGGUAAGUAGUCCUCUUGGAGGCCUCUUCGAGGCAGGUUUAGAGAUCAGUGAGGUGGAACAGAAUCAGCAUCGAGUAGGAUUGUGAAUUAUCAGAAGCAGUAGCACCGAAAGCCUCCACGUCCUCCUUGAAGAACAAAGCGUGAUGAUGCCGGGCUCCUUGUUUUCUACUCAAGUGCAGGAGCACCAGAAGCUGCUGUCCGCGUUAUCGAGGCUGUCGAAGAAUAAUCCGCCUAGCGAAGAUCAUGCGCUACUCGAGGCACUAGAUGCACUCGCAGAAGUCGCGAAGAGCUGGGACCGGGUUGUAGCCACGCACAAAUCUUCAUCUUCUGCCUCUACCACGUCGAGAGAGCAGCGCGAUGUUGGAAAUAAAAUCAGCUCGAGCCACAAAACGAAGAGCAAACUCGCGCAGCUGUGGUACUCUACGGUUAGUGCCGUGCUCGCGAUGAACACAACAAGUGGAGAUCAGCAGAGCACUGCUUCGUCCAGCGCAGCAGGGUCGGCAACGUCUUCGUCUUCAUCUCAUUGCAAUAAAGCUUUUUCCGCCACCAGGACUAGUACACUGUCACCUGUUACAAAAACACGACAGCACGUUGCUCAGUGUUGCUGGCGCAUCUGGCGAGCAACGACAUUUCUCGACUUUCGCGAGGCGACGAGCGCAGGUUGUUCCUUUGGCGAACUCCAGCUGGUUGCGGCCUGCAAGAUUCUGAACGCAACUGCAAAUCAUGGAAGUGACGUAUUUUUGAGGAGCCAUCAUUUUCCUGAUGAGGCCGCUGAUCAUGCUCUGGACGAAGGUGGUGCAGCGAGCAAGGCUGAUGGGGUAGGCGUUCCUCGACAUGAAGCGCAGAUCGCUUCGAAAUUGCUUGAUCUCGUCCGGUCCUUUGUGGACGGCGGAAUGAACGCCGCACAAGCGCCGGAUGUGCAGACCGGUAGUACCAAAGCGCCGUCCUCCCUGAUGAAAUUACCAGCAUUGUGGUCUUCGCUGUUUCGCCUUGCGAGAAAUCUGGCGUGCAACGCCGCACCGGCCGUUGGUGAGGAGAUGGAGGACACGACAAGGCAGAGCGCUUCAGCUAGUUCGUGGUCUUCAUCACAGCGAGCGUGCGCGCAGCAGAGUCAUACGGUUGCGGACGGUCCUGAUUCAUCUAGGUCUCUACGGAUGGAACAAGAUCUCCUCGACGUUUUCCACGCUUGCUGUCUCGCUGUUUACGACUCAGCUUCCUGCGAGAAAACCGUCACGGCACUCGUUUCGUCCAUCGGUAGUAAUAUUGCGAUCGAACCCGGACGAGUUCUGAAAGAGGAACUUGCCACGCGGUUGCUCCUUUCGCUCACGUCAAAUUGCAAGCCUGCCGUGUUGCACCACCGACUCUGCAUGUGCCUCGCACUGCCUCCGGCGCAAGCGUUGCGUGCGCACCAAAGACCGCACGGCUUCCGUGAACAUGGCGGAAUGAAUGAAGCUUCCUCGAAGGUACUACGACUGAGCGCUUGGGACCUGCUGCUGUUGCACGAAGCUUCUUCAUGCGCACAAAUGUUCGAAACAGGUACGGGUACUCAUAGUACCUCCACCUCGGCUGCUGGUUUGUGGGCCAGACGAGAAGUAGGGCAGCUAACUGCAGAAGCCGACGGGAAAACUGCACCGACCGUGCUCCACACAGCUGUGCGAACCACCUGUGAACAGACUACCAUAACUCCCGAAUUGCUGCAUUGGUUCGUUCUUCACCGACUCGACCAGGUGCCCACUCGCAAAGUCUGUUUACUGCUCGAGUUCGCCGACCGCCUGGAAGUACGAGAGACAGAGGACUCUAUGGUCGACUCGAAUUCUCAGCAGAAAGAAAGCAACGGGACAUCACGAACAUCAAGUGUAACAACUUCUAUCGGCGUUGCGAAAUCUCACUUUCUGGCGUCCAUUGUCGAAAAGGUUUUGGCUGCACAGCGUGAUCCACACCAAACCGAACUAAGAAGUGGCGCUGGCGGGGGAGAUGUUGAUGUUCGGGUUGAUCACGGAGAAGUAAAUGUAGGCGAAGGCUGCACCGACGAGCUGCUGCGGCUCUCGGUCGAGAAGUUUUGCCAACAAACACCAACCUCCCUCAUUUCGCAGCAGCACUGGUGCCGCGUGUUGCACGCGGUGCGACGGAAAGUGCAAAGUGCCACGACCUGUGCAGCAAGCACGGGCGGUGGAGCAGUUGUUGCGUCGGCUGCCGUCGCGAGAACCCCUUUGCGUGGCUGCUCGUCGCCGUCAAAGCCAGGUGUUUUUAAAAAUGGGACAUCUUCAACAUCUUCAGGCGGCGACCAUCUUCUACCUGCUCCCGUUGCGUCGAUGUUGCUGUCUACUCUAGAGAAUUACGCGGAGCGAAUCGACCAAAUCAUCCCGAAUGUCUUCGAGAUGAAAUCUACGUCAUUGCCGGAAGCCGUCGCGUGUGCGUAUUUGGCAGUUGUUACGAAAGGUGUGCUUGUGUGCUCGCACGUGGCGGGAACGAACUCGAACGCACCAGCAGAGGUCCUCGCGCUCAACAGCAAUGAAGAAGCGGCCGACAGAAGAACCUCCUCGUCGGAGAUACAACAGGAGUGUCCUCGGAGGGGACGAGCACAAGCAUCAAACACUCCAACUGUUGAUGAAAACGGUCUACUUGGAGCUCACGUUCACGCCAUCGAAGUGAUCGCCGCGAAAUACUGCGAGUCCGCCUACGCCCGAAACGACGAGUCCCGCGGCGUUUCCCUCGGGCGGGCGCUAGCGUUCUGGAAGAUUUGCAAUACUGAUACGUCGACGGGACAACUCAAUCCGUCCCUAAUAUCGUUGACGUCAUCCGACGAGAGUUGUCGCCCACAACAAGAGUUUUCCUUUCCUCCUCUCUACCUGGUCCUUCGUGCGCACGCAGCGCUGAGCAUCUUCGCGGGAGUCGAUUUGGAUCCGGAGAGGGCGAAAAGCGCGGAAAGCCUGGCUUUCAGGCAUUGUCAGGAGGCUUUCGAGGGUUUUUUGACGAGAACGGGAACACCUGGAGUUUCUGCGCACGGCUUGGAAAAUGAUGGUGCAGAAGAUGAGGACCAGACAAAGAUGCGACCGCAUCAAGAAGCGGAAGCGGUUUUGCAGCUGGUCGUAACUGUACUUGCCUUCCGCUGGGAGGACGAAGAUGCAGAUGUUCCUACUGGCGCUGAAAAAGCGAAAGGGGACGAAGACACCGCCGCUCCAGGGGGAGCAGAAGCGGUUGCGAGUAGCACAAAAAUUGCCACAGAGGACUGCAGGUCUUCUAAUACGCGUAGGAGGAGCGGCAUGUUGCAAUUGUGUACGGAAGUUGCACAAGAGAUUCUCAGAAGUACAACUUCACGCGAAGAGGAGAAGUCAUCUGCGUUUUCAAGGGCAGAAGUAGGAGAAACGUCGAACUGCAUCAAACCCCAGAAAAUGAAGACCUUACCUCCGCGCGCUGCUGCGGCCAUGCUUCUUGCGCGCCUCGGCGUUCAAUGUUCCAGCCUCUGGGAAGAUGUUUUCGCUUUGUUCGGGCUACCGUCGUGGGAAGCUGUGCGUCAAACGUUGGAAGAGCUGGAGGGGCAACUGCAGUGCAUGCAAGGAACACAUUCGAGCUCAAAGAACAUAUGUGACGAGGCCCCGGCGCAUGUUGUCCAAAUAGAGAUGCGCAGUUUUGCACAAGACCUGGUCGCUGGUGGAAAGCUCGAUCUGGCUGCAGUGGCGCUUUUGUCGGCACUCGUCUCGUCGGAUAAUCAAACGCAGACGUCGCUAACAAAUGGGGGCGCAGUAGUUGCGUCUACUAGUACGCUGUUGGAGGCCCUGCAAACCCUUGUAGAAUUUGGUCGGCAUAAUUCACGGCAGGAGGUCUCCACCGAGCUGAUUGUUGAAGAUGCUAGGCGUGUUGGCCGAAUCGAUAUGCUGCCAGCUCCCUGCUCCGCGAGUAGCAGUGGGAAGUGCAAGACGAGACGUGCAGUGAUCGAGAAGGCGAAGUCGCUACUGCCUAAAGCCGUGGAGCAUUUCUCAGUGGAUCAACAGGCGUGUGCGUUGGGGGCUCCUCCUACCGGUUUCGACGCGGACACUUUCGAAAAUGGUUUAUCGCUUUUCCGCACUCUUGUGGCAGUAUUGAUUCUGGAGCACGAUGACGAUGGGGGACACAGGUGCGAACGCGGCGGGCAGCCCCAGUCUUCAAGUGCAAAUCCGCUCACUAGUACUAGUGCCCUGAACCAACACUCGUGUUACCAAAAGCUUAGUAAUUUGUGGGAGGAGAGAGCUACAGAAGCACAAAGCGAGGCGCAACUAUCUCACACGAUCCUCGCUUUUUACCUUCACGAAUUAGCGAAGCUUGCUACAGAGACUUGCUCUUUUGCCGCCGGGCUUGCGCUCAACUUGCAAGCCAUGCAGGAGUUCGCGCAAGCAGUGCCUGAAAUGGAGGAGAAGGUUGGAAGCGAAUCGAUCCGAGACGCGUUGUCUGCCAAGGUGUCCACUUUCCAUUCACGACUCUCCAAGCGCUUCUCGCUCCUCGGCUGUGAGCUGCACUUUAGCAUUGCAUCCGGGUACGAAAAAGCGGGGCUAGGGAAGUGGGCUGAACACUGGCAUGAGGCGGGGAAGAAAUUUGCUGACUCGGGCGACAAAGUCUUGCUUGGGCAGUGGCAGAAGCGGUUUCAGGCUGCGUGUGUCGGGCCGCGUGCGCCGGAUGUUAGCGCGGACUUCUUAGCUGCCGCUGGUCAACAGCACACCUCGGUACCGGUGGGGCACGAAGACAGACCGGCUGCUGACAUUUUUCCAGUACAAUUGGGAUUGACGCCAAAAGGACCUGCACUGAGACUGACAGAAGCGUCAGCGGAGAAAAUUCUCUGCACUUUGCAGACUGUGUCCUCUGAGAUCAAGAGGGUGAAGCUGGGAUGCCGGGUGGGACGACGGUCAUUCCCGUUCUUGCGGGGUGAUUAUUUGUCGGAAAAUAGUGAGCAAGAGCACCAGAACGAGAUUCCGCAGCGACUGACGCGGCUCGCGUAUGAAUUUCUCUCCGCGGUAGACUUGCUGAGCCUAUCUGGAAUCCGAACCGCGGCAAUCUCCCUGACGCAUUUCUUACACGAUGUCAUGGAGGAGACUGAUUCUACUACGUCGGCGCAUCUGGAACAACACCAAGAAAAAAUUCGUACACCAGCACGGGAACCGCGCGUCCGUGCGCAGUGCCAACUAAUCAUCCAGUCCUUAGCACCUUUUUGCGCCUCCUCCCUCGGGUCAAGCAUUUUGUUCGAUGUGCGACGGCUGCAGCGGGUGCUCGCGGCGUCUUCUGCCGCGCGACGCGUACCGUCUUGGGACAAAGUGAUAGACAGAUGGUUUCUGAAUCCGAACCCCAAGAAGUCCCAUGCCGAUGGAGCAGUAGAUGAAGCGUCGUGUCUUGAGCACGCGGAAGUGUACGUGCACCUAGCGAAGUUUGACGCCGGUCGUGCUGGCAAAGAUCAUUCCGGAGAAAAGCUGCCCGCCCAAGAGUUUCUGUACCUGACACGACGCCAAGUUCUUGCGCAAUGCGCCGAAGGGAGUGGCGGUUCCGCUGGCAAUGUUGCUGAGCAGAAUCAUGUUUCUGCAGCUGCACCUGCAAGUGGAACAAGCAGCAAGACGCUUGGCGUUUGCCACCGCAUUCCGAUAGCCCAAGAAGACUCGCUAAUCGAAAAAAUCGACCAAUUGCAGACUUUGUUGGAGCAAAAUCGCAAGUCUGUGAAGGACCUGCAGAAGAAGAUAGAGGACGAGGACAUCUUUGGGGACGUCGCAAUUGAAGACACACAUGCGAAAGAGCGGAAGGAGAUUGAAGCCGAGUUCUGGCGCGACCGACGGGAAUUCGACGAAAAAUUGAAAAACUGGCUCCAAAGUUUCGAAGCCGUCGUGUCGAGCGAGGUUCUGGAAAGCGUGUUUGGCAAGCACGAAAGGACAGAUCAAGAGCGAAAGACAGAAGAAAAGGCGACGUGCAGAAUCGUACCUAGUCCAACGGUCUUCCUGUACCUGGACCCGAACCUCGCGAAUGUGCCAUUCGAGCAUCUUCCGACGCUGCGUGGCCGCCGAAUCUCAAGGGCGCUCGCACCGAACAUCCUGGUUGCCGCUAUGGAGAAGUUUCAGGAGACGCUUGAAGCAAGUUUAAAUGCGAAAUCCCCAACGAAAUCGCUGAAGCGUGCCAGAGAAGUAGGACAAGCCGUGAGGGUCGUGAGCGCCGAAAGGAAUGGCAACGGCGGAAGAAGUGGUCAGGCCAGUCUUCCACAGCAGGAGUCGGAGGUCACCAGCGAACAACAUUCUCGACGGGCUUUGAAGAUCCGUCGGACGAACCGCAGUGGCACAGACAGACAGAAGGACUUCUGUUUUUCGUCGGACGAAGGAGACGGAGACUCACUUUCGCGACAGUUGGAAGACAGGGAUAAUGAUGAAGAUGGAGCCGAGAUGAAAAACGAUUCCGCCAAGAACCUCCCAAACCCAAUUGAAUCGUCCGAUUCCCCACCGCGGCCCAUGGCGUGCAGCCCAGACAAACCCGCGGACCAGUUGUCGGCACCAAGGCAUCAUCAACCACAUCGGUCUCCUGCCUCGGGCGUCCGCGCUCCGACCGCUCGGUUUCGCGAUGCGCAAGUGUCUUCGUUCAGGGUGUUUGAGGAAGACGACGUUGACCAUGACCAGUUGAUGUCAAGAUCCGGAAUGAAAUUGAAAGCCAAUGCUCCAGUCGUGUCCGAAAGAAUCUCCGCGAAACUACAACUACAGCAUCAAAAUACUAAACUACAAACCGCUAGUUCUAGUACUUCUGUAGUAGAUUCCGGUUUUUUUGUCUUGAACCCCACGAACGAUGUUGGACUCGUGCACGACAAGAGCUUGCUCCCGGUGCUGAGACAGUUGCGUUGGAAGGGCGUGAUUGGGAAAACGCCUUCGCGGAAGAAGCUGUUUCAGCUGAUGUUGGAACGGGAAACCUUUCUCUUCUCCGGCCACUACGGGGGCGAGCAGUUUGUCAACGCCGAGCAGCUGGAACUCGGACUGCGAACGGAGGUGGGCGAGGUUCUAGCAGACAACAAGAACGAGCACUCUGGUGAGCAGGGACAGCAUGCUGAAGCGCCGGCGGAGGACUCAUUCUCACUGUCGGCGGUGAAAGUAAAGCUAAAGGAAAACACCACGGAAAAUGCCGCUCGCGACAUGAACCUGGAGGAAUUUGUUUCCUCCAAGCUCGCCUCCUCGAUGCUGAUGGGUUGCUCGUCGACACGGCACUUCAUGCACGGACUGAAAACUGCGCGUGCAACUCGUACAAAUUUGUUCGUCACGCCGCCCACCGCGGUCGCGUCUGCCCGCGGAGGUCCUGGUGAAUUGUGCACGGGAAGAACUACAAGAAGGCCAGCACAGACCGAAGUUGCGACGUCCUCGUCUACGGCACCAGCGCCGUUGGAUUCGUUCGAACAAGAAGCUCUGUCGUGCGCGACUUCUGGUGUUUCUCGGCCAGGACUGACCGCGAUGAAACCGCAACAACUGCCGACUCCAGUAGAUUCCUUCGGCACACACUGUCACUACCUCAUCGGCGGGUCGCCGUUUGUCGUCGGUUGCUUAUGGGAAGUCUUGAAUGGGGAGGUAGACAAAUUUACGGCGAGAGUCCUGCAAGACUGGAAAUUCUCGGGGACCAGGAAAAAUGGAACAUCAAGAACAUCUUGUAGUAGCUCAGCAAGCUCUGAUCUGCUUGCCUGUCUUGAGCGAAGCCGUAGCAAGUGCAAAUUGGAGUUCUUGACUGGAUGCGCAGUGGUGCACUACGGGAUUCCUGUCUGAAAUCUUGUGCGAUGUAAUGACAAAGAAGAUCAAAACAAAAAGAAAGCGAAAGCAAAAAUAGUAGCAG